CUUGUAAUCGGGGACGAAAUAAAGUGUAAGCACCAUAAACUCUGCAGUUUUUUAGGGACACUUUAGGCACCGAAAAUGACUUGUUGAUUUGACCAACUAACGCAGUGAACGUUAUUUUUUUUCCAAAUAACUAUCAACGCGGUGCUCAGGUUUCAAGGUAGGAAAACGUUCGUGCUCGGAAACUUCGAGAGGAUGUCCGAGUCUCAUGACAGCCGCACGAAAACGUUAAAUUUCAACGUGGGGGUCCUCGGACAUGUCGACAGCGGGAAGACGUCGCUGGCCAGAGCGCUGAGCAGCACCGCCUCCACGGCUGCUUUCGACAAGAACCCACAGUCCCGGGAGAGAGGCAUCACGUUAGACCUCGGCUUCUCCUCCUUCACGGUGGAUUGUCCGGAUCACCUGCGGGACGGCGGGGGCCUGAAGCCGUACGACAGUCUGCAGUUUACCCUGGUGGACUGUCCAGGCCACGCCUCUCUGAUCCGAACAAUUAUCGGAGGUGCCCAGAUCAUAGACCUGAUGAUUCUGGUGGUGGACGUGGUGAAAGGCAUGCAGACUCAGACGGCAGAAUGCCUGCUGAUUGGAGAACUCACCUGCCCCAGGAUGGUUGUUGUCCUGAACAAGAUCGACCUGCUGCCAGCAAGCAAGAGACAGAGUGCCGUCGAGAAAAUGACUAAAAGAAUGCACAAAACCCUGGAGAGCACCAGAUUUAAGGAAUGUCCAGUGAUCGCCGUGGCGGCCAAGCCUGGAGGCCCCGAUGCCCCUGAAGCGGAGGAGCCACACGGAGUGCAAGAGUUAAUAGAGCUGUUGAAAAAGCAGACGUAUCUCCCAAAGAGAGACCCCACGGGGGACCUGCUCAUGGCGGUGGAUCACUGCUUCUCCAUCCGCGGUCAGGGAACGGUCAUGACCGGAACUAUCCUGCAGGGGUCAGUGGCUAUCAACGACACGGUGGAAAUCCCUGUUCUGAAGGUGACCAAGAAAAUCAAGUCGGUGCAGAUGUUCCGGAAGCCGGUGUCCGGGGCCGCGCAGGGGGACCGCGUCGGUGUGUGCGUGACCCAGUUCGACCCCAAACUGCUGGAGCGCGGUGUGGUGUGCACGCCGGGCUCCCUGCGCACUCUCUUCGCAGCCGUCAUCUCUGUGAGGAAGAUCGGCUACUUCAAGGGCUCCCUCGCCACCCGGGCCAAGUUUCACAUCACAGUGGGUCACGAGACGGUGAUGGCCAGGGUGUCCUUCUUCGGCCUGCCGCCCUCAGACUCUCAGACAACUCCAUCGGAGCUCUCCCCGCUGGAAGCACCCUUCAAUUUGGACAGAGAGUAUCUUCAUCAGGACGAAUACGUGAGCAGUCAGGGGGACGGGGGGCCCGAGCCGGAGCAGUGGGCUUUGCUGGAGUUCGAGCGGCCCGUCACCUGUCCCGCGCUCUGUUUGGUCAUCGGCUCCAAGCUGGACACAGACAUCCACGCCAACACAUGCCGGCUGGCCUUCCAAGGCCGCCUGUUGCAAGGCUUUGAGGACAAACACUAUGCUGAGACGUCUCUGCCUCGUCUGCGCAUUUACAAGACCAAACAGAAGGAAGGCCAGGUGGAGAGGGUGACCGACGACUACACCGUGAUUGGCCGCAGCCUGUUCAAGAAAGAGACCAACCUCCAGCUCUUUGUGGGGUUAAAGGUCACGCUGUCAACAGGCGAGAGCGGCGUCAUCGAGGGCGGAUUUGGACAGAGCGGCAAGUUUAAGAUCCACAUCCAGGAGGGUCUCAACCCAGAGACCAAGCAGCUUUUCUCCUCCGCCUCCAAGAAGAAAGGCAAGAGUAGCAGCAAAGGAGCAGCAGCAGUGGAAGAGGAGCCCAAGGCGGAGUCCCAGCCCGUCAGCGUUCUCCUGCGUUUUAAGCGAUACGUCUUUGAUCCGCAGAAAAAGAUGAUUCAGUCCUGACCCCUGCUGACCCCCGUCUCACUGAUGUCCUGCUGAGGGCUCCUGCAGGAGCUCCGCUGGGGAGCAGGUGACUGAGACCAUGUGGACUUUGAAGAUUCCUAAUUUGAUGAAAGACAGAAAUCCAGGGAGUCAUGCAGACAUGAUGAUCACACUUGGACGUGUGAAAGAGCUGGAGCUGUUCUUCUCUUCCAUCACAAAGCUAAAAGCUGCUCUGCUGCUUUCAGGGCGUUUGAUUCACAUCUUUGCUGAGUUCAAACCCUAAAGGCCAUUCAUCUGAUUACAAAAUAACACAUUUGAGGUUCCUAUUUCUGUGAUUGAUGAUUAACACGAGCAUAUCAGCAAAAAGACCAAACUUGAUGCACGAGUGCCUGCUGGUCUCAGCUGAUCUGAGCCUGAAAUCUCUGAUUCAUUUAGUUUUUGAAACAUUUCUACUCCAGUUAAUAUCAGGGGUGUCUAAAUACGUUUACUUGAUUUGUUUAAAUAUUAACAGAAGAAAAAUAAAACAAGCAAAAACUUC